CGCAUCACUGGACGACAAAACCCCACCGCAAGACGCAGUGCCAGACUAGAGCAGCUUUGGCACGGGAGCUCCUCCGUGUAGUUUUACAGGGGAAAAGAGGGGAGAUCGUCCCUCAGCCGGAAUCCUCCUGAUCGUCCGAGCUGUUUCGGGGAAGGUGUAGUGGAGAGGAAGAGGGGACUCCGCCGGUGGAGAGAUCUUGGGAUGCACGCACACGGUUAUGGGUGAUUUAUGCCAUUUCGCAGCUGGAUAUGCGCACAAAAAGUGAGGAUAAGUGAGUUAUCCACAGGAUGGACACUGCGGAGGUGAUUCUCUCUGUGUUGGUGGUCGUGAUUAUCAUAGUGUCGUUGCUGUCCAACGUCCUGGUGCUGAUCUGCUUUCUGUACAACCCGGAGAUCCGCAAGCAGGUCCCAGGUCUGUUCAACCUCAACCUCACCUUCUGCAACUUGUUGCUGACCGUGUCCAACAUGCCGCUCACUCUGGUGGGACUCGUCAGCAAGUCUCAGCCGGGAGGGGACGGCUUCUGUCAGAUCGUGGGCUUCCUGGAGACCUUCCUGUCCACCAACUCGAUGCUGAGCAUGGCAGCGCUGAGCAUCGACAGGUGGAUCGCGGUGGUGUUCCCCCUGAGGUACCACUCCAAGAUGCGCCACAAGGACGCGGCGUUCGUGCUCGGGUACACGUGGGCGCACUCCAUGUCCUUCUCCACGGUGGCCACCAGCCUCUCCUGGGUGGGAUACCACCGGCUUUACGCGUCCUGCACCCUCUCCAACCCGAGGGCGAGCAGUCGGACGCAGUUUGUCAUCUUCACCGUCUUUUUCCACUCCUUCACCUUCCUCCUGUCUUUUAUAGUGCUGUGCGUCACAUACCUCAAAGUGCUUAAAGUGGCGAGGUUUCACUGUAAGAGGAUCGACGUUAUCACAAUGCAAACUUUGGUGCUGCUGGUGGACAUACACCCCAGUGUUCGCCAGCGCUGCCUGGAGGAGCAGAGGAGGAGACGACAAAGAGCGACGCGGAAGAUCAGCACCUUCAUCGGCACCUUCAUGCUCUGCUUCGCUCCCUAUGUGAUCACGAGGAUUGUGGAGUUAUUUCCAGCGGUGCCUAUCAACCCCCACUGGGGAAUUGUCUCCAAGUGCUUAACUUACAGCAAGGCAGCCUGCGACCCCUUUGUGUACUCCCUGCUCCGACACCAGUACAGGAAGACGUGCACCGACAUCAUCAACAGGCUGCUGAAGCGUAGCUCCUUGAACGCGUCCGGACCCAGGCAGGUGAACCAGGUCAACAGCAUACAGACGGCGGAGUGACAGGAAGCGGACUGAUGGGGGACACGGUCCGAGGGGUCCGAGCCCGGCAAACUGUCAGGGAAAAUGUGAAGCUGAUUUAUCGUCGAUGAAGAAGAGAACAAAUAUUGGGUUUGUUUCCUGUCCACGUCUGCUUGAAUUUGGUCUGACAUGCCCCAAAAAAAAAAAAAAAAAGAAAAAAAGAAAAAAGAAAAAAGGGAAAGUCAGUACAGACAAGGGCAAAUCCCUGCGCGGUAAUACCACUGUGCUUGCAUACUGAGCUCCCAGAGCAGCAGAUCAGCGCAGUGAACUUGAUGUGAGGACAAUAAGCAACGGCAGAUUUCACAUCCACCUGGAGAGACAAAUGUGCUCGCCCAAGAAGAACGGCCAGUCCAUAGCCUCAUUUUAACUAGGGUAGCUUUCAGUCUGAAGAUAUAUAAUAAUUUUGUAGAGUGUCUGUUUGUUUUGACAUUAUUGUCAUAAUUAUAUAUAUAUAUAUUCAUAUUAUAAGGAUAAGGAAUGUCUGUUUUAGUUUGUGCAAAGUGACGAGUUGAUAUGUUUAAAACUGUAUGUAGCACUGAAAACUAGCCUAACCAAAACCUGAUACAAACCGUGUCCCAUAUUACAGAUGAGAACAUACAGCAGACAGUACAAGUCAAGUCAGUUUUAUCUAAAAAGCCCAGAAUCAAAAGAAUCACAACUUGCCUGAAGAAGCUUUACAAUCUGCCCUCAACAAAGAUGUUUACCAGCCCUCCCAAGUGUUUCCAAGUGGUAUUAUAGUUGGUGUAGCUGUUGCAAAGACAGCCUGGUCGUUUCUGUUUCCUCAGUGUACGACAACGGAGAUGUGAAAGCAGAUAGAGACGGUGCCAGGCCAGGACAUCUCGUGCAAUUUUUUGUUUUUGAUUGUGACAUGUUGUCAUUUCACUGCGCAAUCAACUAUACUUCAAGCAGAAAUCUUGUCCAUUGCCAGCUUGAGAAGGUUAAAAUGACCCACAUACCCCCUUAUGUUAGUGGUGACUUCUAGUGGCCAUAGUGAUUACAACAGAAUUAAAUGUGCAACUCAGGUGAUUUAGUAUUGAGAGCUAGAAAAGGCAUCAUGGGGAGGAUGCACGAGUCAAACAAGGAGACCACUGUUCAUGUCCCGGGUGAAACUAAAAGUCAACAUCAACUCAUUUUAACCUGCGUAUGAAAGUUAACUUACUUAACCCACUUAAUUUAAGUCACAUGGGUAACGUAACUAUCAUAAUGUAACUAUCAUCAUGCAAAGAAACAUUAUGUAAUUUAAUUUGGCGCAAUGUAAAGUAACGUAGUGUUACACAGCUCAACAUGACACUACACUGCGUAACAUCAUGCUACGUGACGUAACAUUGUGACACCUAACGCGACGUGAUGCCAACUUUUGUAGGUAAAACCUAACAAUCUGCUACUUAAUGUCAUAAACUUGUUUUGGUAAGUGUCAUAUAUGUUGUUUUGGAAGCUGUUGGCAAACAACAUUAUUUAGGUAUGAGGACGUGUUGUCAUACAGCACCCUCUGUCCUUAGACCUUUAAUUUAGAUAAAGAAAAAGUCCCCAAAAACAUAUUCAAAGGAGAAAGAAAAGGAUGAGCAACAGGGAAGGUAUCCCCUCAGCAAACUACAAAUACAUACAGUAAACGUAGACUGUAAAAUACAAAUAAAGACAACACAGAUAAAAAAAAUGGAUUAAAUUACAUUAUUUCAUCCUUGAUGAGGAAAUGUUACUUUGUGGUACAUUGCCUUGUAGUGUAGGAGGAAAAGAAAGACGAUGUGUUUUCUUGUGUAUCAUGUGCUCUCAGCAGCUGUUUUGAAGGACUUACUGAC